UCCUGCCACAUCCAUUUGACGAUGCAUUUCGGGAAUUGUAGUUCAGAGGUAAAUGUGAACCAACCUGUGGAGAUUUCGGGUCUUCCAGGGUGGUUGCCCAGCUCCACAAUUGCAGGACUGCGGGUUUGUCUUUUUAGGACUCUGGUCAAGAAGUAUCAAGAGAUGAGAAUGACUACUGAGCUUCUCCCAGCCAGGUCCCAGAAAUCCCUGACAUUCCAGGAUGUGGCUGUGGACUUCACCCAGGAGGAAUGGGGGCUGUUGGAGCCGGCUCAGAAGGACAUGUACAGGGACGUGAUGCUGGAGAACUAUGAGAACUUCAUCUCCCUGGGGCUUAUGGAACCCAAAGCAUCUAUGAUCUCCCUGUUGGAGAGAGGAGAAGCGCCGCCAGGCUUGUCAGAGGGAAGAGCCCCAAGAAGCAUUUUUGUAGAUUUUCUUCAUGAGUGUAAUAUACUUGGAAGACUUCAUCCUGGAGAGAAACCAUUUGAAUGUUAUCAGUGUGGGAAAUCUUAUUGCAGCAAGCAAUAUUUAACUGAACAUCAAAGAAUUCAUACUGGAGAGAAACCCUAUAAAUGUAAAGAAUGUGGAACGGCCUUUAGUCAGAAGAGACACCUUAAAAUACACAAUAUAAUUCAUACUGGAAAGAAACCUUUUGAAUGUAACCAAUGUGGGAAAGCUUAUUGCAGCAAACAAUACUUAACUGAACAUCAAAGAACUCAUACUGGAGAGAAACCCUAUAAAUGUAAUGAAUGUGGGGAAGCCUUCAAUCGUAAGCACUCCCUAGGCCAACAUGAGAAAAUACAUACUGGAGAGAAACCCUACAAAUGUAAUGAAUGUGGAAAAGCCUUUGGUCAGACAAGACACCUUAAAAUGCAUAAGAUCUUUCAUACUGGAAAGAAUCCUUUUGACUGUAAUGAAUGUGGGAAAGCUUAUUGUAGUAAACAAUAUCUAAUUGAACAUCAAAGAAUUCAUACUGGAGAGAAACCUUACAAAUGUAAUAAAUGUGGGAAAGCCUUUAACCGUAAACAUUCUCUAGGCCAACAUGAAAAAAUGCACACUGGAGAGAAACCCUACAAAUGUAAUGAAUGUGGGAAAGCUUAUAGUCAGAAGAGACACCUUAAAAUACACAAGAUAAUUCAUACUGGGAAGAAACCCUUUAAAUGUCAUGAAUGUGGGAAAGCUUACUGCAGGAAACAAUAUCUAACUGAACAUCAAAGAAUUCAUACUGGAGAGAAACCUUAUAAAUGUAAUGAAUGUGGGAAAGCCUUCAGUUCCAAGGCAAAUUUUUAUGUGCAUAAGAGAAUUCACAGUGGAGAGAAACCCUACAUAUGUAAUGAAUGUGGGAAAGACUUUACACAGCAAGGACAGCUUAAAAUGCAUAAGAUAAUUCAUACUGGAAAGAAGCCCUUUGAAUGUCAUGAAUGUGGAAAAACGUUCUAUACCAAUUCUGGCCUUAAAGAACAUAAGCUAAUUCAUUCUGGAGAGAAACCUUUUGAGUGUAUUGAAUGUGGGAAAGGCUUCAGGUUCAGCUCAGGUCUUCUGAAACAUCAGAGAAGUCAUUCUGAAGAGAAACCUUAUAAAUGUAAUGAAUGUGGGAAAGGCUUUAGACGGAGCUCUUACCUUAUUCAACAUGAGAGAAUUCAUACUGGAGAGAAGCCCUAUGAAUGUAAUGAAUGUGGGAAAAAUUUCAGGUGGAAGGGAAACCUUGAUUCACACAAGAGAGUUCAUAUUGGGGGGAAACCAUAUUCAUGUAAUGAAUGUGGGAAAACCUUCAGACAUAAGGACAGCCUUGAGACACAUGAGAAAAUUUGUACUGAGAGGAGUUAGAGGCUAAAUUUUGCUGCAUAUAAUAAAACCAUUCACAGAGAUGCUUCAAAUGUAAGGAAUCAGUGAAAACUGUCAUUUAUUAAGUAUUGUUUAUUAGUUAGGAAAUAUGGAAUUUAUACUGGUUAUAAACUAUGACUAAUGAAUGUAAGAAAGACUUCCACUGGAAGCAAAACCUUUAUAUAUACAUAAAACUCUUAAUAUUUAUAAGAAAUUUUAUUUUUAGUAUAAUUGGUGGGGGAAAUCUUCAAAUGGUAUGAAAUCCUUAAGGAAUUUGAGAGAAUAAUGGGGAGAAACCUGUUGGUACAUAAACUGUGGAAAAGGCUUAUUGAGAAAACAAAACUUAUUACAUAUUAGAGCUUUCAUGCUACAGACAGCACACUUAAUAUGAUAAAAGGGGACUAACUAAAACAACAGUAGACAUCUGGAGGACCAUAAGAGACUUCAUACUAGAGAAAGACACACUUUGAUUAUAAUGAAUUGGGAAAACCUUCAGGCUGAAUCAUACCUUUGCUACACAUCAUAAAAUUGUUGCUAUGGAGAUUCUAUUGAGGAAAACAUUAGUUAGGGGGAACACACUGCAUAACCUCAUAUAAUUUAUUAGAGUGAGAAUCUCCAUGAAUGCAGUAAGAAUAGUUGAAAACCAAUCAAUGACCUGAUACAAAUGAUUUACUCUGUGCAUGUGAUGAAAGAAUGCUUCAGAAGAGUUGAUAAUCUAAAAAAUUCAAUUAGAAGGGGCUACAAAGACCAUUUAGUCAAAUUUUCUCUGAAAAGGAAAAUUUUUAUGUGGUUCUCAAGUUUUAUUUAGUUCUUAUUUUAAGAUUUUUAAUGAGUGGGAGCCAGUUGCUUCUUUGAGGCAUCAGGCUCCACUUUUGGAUUUAUCUAAUCAUUCAGUUCCUUAAAUUAAGCCAAAAUUUGCUUCUUUGCACUUUCUCCCUUUUCCCCUAGCUCUGCCCUCUGUGGCCAAAUACAAUUUUCUUAAUACCUUUUCCUUGUGACAGCUCAUCAUAUACUUGAUUUUGGCCCCUCCUUUUCUUCAACAGAAACAUCUUCAGUUACUUCACCUCAUCUUCAUAUAACAUGAACUGAGGCCAUUUCACUAUCCUAGUUGAUCUCUUUUCAACAAUCAAGCUUAUCAUUUAUCUUCAUAAAAAUGUUGUGCCUUAAUGAAAAAUAUAAUUAUAAUUACUCACCAAUUAAUUACUGGCUUACUAAGUGCCAAGUGUGGGGCUAAGUACUGAGGAUAUAAAUACAAAGGAAAGAAUUUCUGCUUCCAGGGAGCUUAUAUUUUAAUAGGGGAAGAUAUACAUAGGGGAGUCAUGAUUUUGGCUUGGAAAGUUAAGGAUAGUGAAUCAAUUGAUGUGCCCUUCUUUCUUUUUUAAAUUUAUUUAGAAUAUUUUCCCAUGGUUACAUGAUUUAUGAUUUUUCUCACCCUUCCUCCCCCCACCCCCAUCCUGGAGCUGAUAAGCAAUUCCACUGGGUUAUACGUAUAUCAUUGUUCAAAACCUAUAUUCAUAUUAUUCAUAUUUGCAAUAGAGUGAUAUUGUAAUGCUAACACCUCAGUCAUAAUAUCCCUGAUGUGCCCCUUUUGAUAGCAUUGGUAAUAUUAAUUUGAUUUUGGUUAUAGAGAUGGAAAACUGGAAAUGAUAGGAGAGGGAUGAGUGGAAGAGUAUAUGGUGUGGUUGGUUAGAUUGCAAAAGAUGGCCAUGGUACAAUAUCAAACAUGGCUAGAUAUUGUGGGUCUUUUAUUAUGCUCAUUAAAUAGAAUAGCACAGCCUUAUGCUUAGAAUUCCAGAGCUGAGAGGAAGAAGUCCCUUAGACAUGGUAUCUGACCUAUGAAGUAGUAUGGAAGAUGGAAAGGUCCUGGAGGACCAUAGGGUAUAGCAGUAGGCAAGGCAGAAGACUGGGGUAGAAUUUCAAGCAUGGUGGAGCCAGUUACAUAUGGAUUAUGUGAUAUACUAACAGUCAGGGAGUGAAGAGCCUGGAGUCGAAAUUCUAGAGCUGAAGACAUGGUCUAAAAUCUGCAAUUCCAAAGGUACAGUGGUAGGCAAGGUCAAGGGAAAGAUGACCAGAAAAAAGGCCAGUUAGACAUACUGGGGCAAUUGAUGCACUUACCAAUCAGGAUAGCAUAGGCUUUGGAGUGGGAAAUCCAGAAAUGAAGGUUAUGUUCCAGAGCUAAUGAGACUAUUCUGGAUAGAUGUGACUAGGAGAACAAUAGAACAGUACUGUCCUCAUUUUGAAUAAUAUAACAUGCUUAAUGCAUCCCGAGGUUGAAUUAGUUAGUUGGUUUUUGUUUUGUUUUGUUUUGUUUUUGCUGUACUUUGACAUUCUUUGACAUCUUUUGGGCCUCUCAUUCAUCCAGAUCUCCAGACUUUUAUCAGAUGAACUGCUCUCUAGCAAUGCCCCCUCCCAGCCCCCUCACAUACUUGUGUAAUUGAUGUGAUCAGCCCAAGUGCAAAUUAAUGCAUUUACCCCAAUUGCAUUUCAUCUGACUCAGUUUGGUCCAGGAUUCUAGCAGAUCAAACUUUUUAAAAUCCUGACACAUGGAUCCUACCUAGUAUGAUAGCUUUCCCAUUUUUGUUCCAUCUGCAAAUUUGAUAAUGAUACCUUAAUCCAACUAUUAAAAAUGUUAAAUAGCACAGAUCUCUGGAACACUGCACUGGAGAACCCUUUCCCCAUUGACUAACAGUUUUAUGACAGAUCCCCCCCCCCCUUCAGUAAUAAUACUGUUGUCUUGGGAGAAAACUGGCUUGGAAAUUCCCUCCAGUUAUGUGGUCCCUAUUAGCAGCAUAUUGACUUAGAAAACCACAAAUUAACAUCAUCUUUAUUGUAUUAUAUUUUUGUUUAUUCUAUUAAAUAAUUGGCCACAGCGAGUUCACAUAAAGUUCUAGAGUAUUUCCUUGAAUCCUGAUACCGUGAAGCCCUGAAGCACUUUAUUCACCUAUCUUUUCCAAUCAUAUGAUUUAUUGAUGACAUUCUUUAUUCCUGUUUUUGGAGUUCCUCAUUGGUAAUAUGUUAUACCUUGUUCAUACUCACAUGAACCUCUCCAUUGACUUCUGUGUGAUACUCAUGUCUAAUUCUUUGGAGCCUUGAAUUCUGUGUUUUAUAGUAAAUAUUAAAUAUAAAAAUACUAAUUUUUAAAUGAAAUGUAAAUAUAAAAUUAAAUUUAAAUAUUAAAACAUUAAAAUUAAAUAUAAAAAUUA